AUGUUUGGGGGCGGUGGUGGCGUGGGGGUGAGCAGCGCGGGCGGGAGCGGGGUGGGCGAGCGGCUGUCGGGGAUGUGGAAGAACGCGAAGGUGUCGGUCGGGAUCGAGCAGCCCGAGGAGCGCUCGAUGUUGCAGCGGCUCGAGGACGCCACCACGCUGGACAGCACCUCGAGGAUGUACGGGUUCGGUUUCUGCUUCGUGUUCGGGCUCAUCAUGAUGGGGCUGGCAGUGCUCUUCAUCUGGACGUUCAACAUCCGGAAGUUCGCGCUGGCGUUCACCCUCGGCAACCUCCUGCUCGUCGCGUCGACCAUGUUCCUCAUGGGGCCCGUCAAGCAGAUCCGCUCGAUGAUGGACAAGGGCCGCAUCUACGCGACGGGCGCGUUCUUCGGCUCCAUGGCGCUGACGCUCUUCGUGACCCUCAAGCUGCAGUCGUUCAUCCUCGCCGUGCCGUGCGUCGUGGUCGAGGUGCUCGCGCUCCUGUGGUACUGCGCCUCCUACAUCCCCUUCGGACAGUCCGUGCUCCGGUCGAUCUUCUCGCGCUGCAUGGGCGGCAGCUGCUUCGGGGAGGACAGCCAGGUCUGA